AACAGAUCAUCGAUCUCUGCUAAGUUCAAGGACAACGAACGCGCAUCAAUUAAUUGUAGACCCCUGGGUUGGUACCUAUGUUAAGUAUAGUGAGAACCACAAACUGAGGCAAUAAUUCUACCAUUCCUUGACGCCUCUAUAUGACACAAGUAAAUCCUGAGAAAUAUUAUUUCUCUAAGAUUCAGCUUUACGACCCUAAUGAAAUCAUAAAUUACGGGAUUCAAAAGCAAAUUCAAAAGAAAAAUAGGAGAAAACUAGCUAAACUCGAGAAGCAGGGUAUAUUUGUUGGCAGAGACCCAAUAAAAUUGUUGAAAAAAGCUAACAAGAGUCCAAAAUCAGAAACUAACAAUGCAGAUCUGACAUCCGUUGAUAUCAUUCGCAAAAAGUGGAAAAUUGCAUCACUCAGAGCUCAAGGUGUGAAGGUUAAAGAUGACAUGUCACUUUUGAAAAGGGCAGCUGAUAAAGUAUAUAAACUCAAACGGAAACGAGCUAAAAACUGGAAGAAGCGUAUAGAGGCUAAUGAAGAAAAGAAACGUGAGAGACAGGUUAAAAGAACCACCAAUAUUCAAGCAAGAAGAACGAGAAAACUUUCAAAGAAACUAAAUAAAGCCCGUGAAAAGGGGAGAAUUUUCUUCGCCUGUGAAUAAACAACUGUAUUUUGUGCUUAUUCUAAAACACUUCAAAACAAUUACUCACUGAUGAGCAUUUUAAAAUUCAUAUUCCUUG